UUGGGUUGUACACAUAGAGAUGCACUCUUAACCAUUCCUCUUCUGUAAGAAUACUGUAAAAGUUGAGAUCUACUUUUUUUCUUCUGAUUCUGUUGAAGCCAAUACAAUUUCCCUCCUAUUAUAAAUAGAGACAAAACACCAUUUCAUGUAAUAUCUUUCCUUCGCUCUUCUUCAUUGUUCGGUUUUUGUUACAUCCCUCAUCUUUUAUACCAAACUCACUCCUCUAAUUUAUUAUUCUAUUCCUUCCUACAAUGAAGGGACAUAAAUCAACACUUGUCAGAGAAACGUUUUUUGGCUAUAUUGAAACGACUCGAGACUCUCUUUUACUAUUUGAAGCGUGCAAAAGAGGUCUCUUACCACGUAUUACCAGACGAUUACAAGAUAGUGAGCGCAUUCUAAUGAUUAAAAGUGGUGCUAUUUUUUGUUUUGACGAAAAAGAAAGCGGUAUCAAAAGAUGGACAGAUGGUCUUGUCUGGAGCCCAUCUCGUAUCAUGGGUAACUUCUUGGUUUAUCGAGAAUUAGAAAGCAAAAAGCAUCAACAAUUGCUACAUGGCAGCAACAAUAAGCAGUUAGGGAAAGAAGCAGUGACAGAAGAAGAGAAUGACGACGAGAUAGACUAUUUCAAUUACCAUAUCAUGAAAAAUAAAGAGAACAACAGCAGCAACAUAAAGCCAAGUAAUGAAGAUGAAGCGCAGCAUCCACAUGAAAAAGCAAUUGUUGGCUCAUUAAGAACAAGCCAUUGCUCUUCUUACAAAUUCAAGCGGUAUGGCUUGAUUAAAAAGUCAAUCUCAUUAAUUGUAGAUGGCGUGCAACAACAUAUCAUCAGUUACUACAAUAAGGAAGAUGUCUUAUCAUGCAAAUUUGCCACACCGUCAAGUAUCUUGGAGUUAUCUACUCUCAAAGUUUCACCAGGUUUACGUUUAAAACAAAAUCUUCGCAUCCCAGUGUUUAUAGACCAUCAGCAAGCUGUAGAAGAAGAUACUUUAUCACUCGUCAAACGCAAGCAUCAGUAUCGUAAACGAAAGUAUUCAGAUGUGAUCAAUGAAUUCGAACAGCAGCAACAACGGCGUCAUAAUUCUUAUCACUACCAUUACCCUACGUAUCAGUCGAUAGAGAAACAAAACAACAAAAGAUUACUGCUAACCCAUCCGGAUUUGAGUCAUAGGUUCAGUUCCCAAAUGCCAAUGACAGAUCACCAUAGUAGUGCAAUUACACCAACAACGACAAUGUCUGUGACACCCAAUACGCAGCAUCAACAAACUAUCCCUGAACCUUCUAUCUCAUCCAAUCAAUUUUAUUACCCCUCUGCAAGCAUUCAUCACAUGACUUCAUCACAACAACAAAUCUAUGACAUAGGUCAGCAAGCUUCUUCUGUUUCAAAUACAGAAAGCAGUGUUUUUGAUACUGUAGCCAAUUCUAUUUCGUCCGCGACCAAAUGCCUAGCAAUGGAACAGCAACAGCAGGCACUACCGCACACAGUGGACACUUCUUCUAAUAGUGAAUCAUCGUUGACGAGCUGCGACUUAAAUUCUACCGAUACAACAACUACUGCAGCAAUAACAACAACAAGAAAAGCAGAAUUGCCUGCCUCUUCUGCUGCAUCAGGAUAUGGUAGUGGCCCUUAUCACCAUCCUAUUCUCUCUUCCGUAGAAGAAGACUUUCGUCAGGGUCAAAAUCCUCAUCAACACUUGUUUUUUUCAAACUCCUUUCAUAGCAUGAACAAUGCCUCUUUAAGCAAUAACGGUCAUUUCCAUUUAGUUUCUGCUAAUGCUCAUAUGGCUGACAUGAAUUUGUUGCUAAAAGCAGGCUGGAACGAAUUCGAAAUUCAAUUAUAAGUAGAAUACGUUUUUAAAUAAAGUAUAUACCAUAUAAUUGUUGUGUAUAACAAUGUUAUCAGAAAUGCAAAUUGCUGCUUCUUGUUU